AUGACGAGGGGGUUGAGGUUUCCCGCUUUGCCCAUGUGGCCCCUGGCGUUCCUCAGUCUGCUGGUGACGACCCGGGCGCUGGAGUUCGGCGGGGCCCCCGGCCAGUGGGCCCGCUACGGGCGUUGGGAGGCGGGCUCGGUGGGCGAGCUGAGCUUCAGUCUGAAGACCAAUAUCAGCAAGGCCCUGGUGCUCUACCUGGACGACGGCGGCAACUGCGACUUCAUGGAGCUCCUAAUCGCCGGCGGGCGCCUCCAGCUGCGCUUCGCCAUCCACUGCGCCGAACCCGCCACCUUACACAUGGAAACCCGGGUCAACGACGACCGCUGGCACAUGGUGCUCCUCACACGCAACUUCCGCGAGACCCUGCUGAUGGUGGAUGGCGAGACCAAGGUGGCGGAGGUCAAGUCCAAGCGAAAGGAGAUGGCGGUGGUCAGCGACCUGUUCGUGGGCGGCAUCCCGCCUGACGUGCGCCUCUCAGCCCUUACGUCCAGCACGGUGAAGUACGAGCCCCCAUUCCUGGGCCUGAUCUCCAACCUGAAGGUGGGCGAGAUGCCCCCUACCCUGCUCAACAGCCAGGGCAUCCAGAGUGACCUAGAGUUUCUGUGCACCAAGCAGAACCCCUGCCUCAACGGAGGCUUCUGCUCCAUCCAGUAUGGCGAGGUGCACUGCGACUGCACACACACCCGCUACAAGGGGAAGUACUGCAAGGAAGGUGAGACCAUGACCUGGCUAACUAGCUAAUACCCUUUUUUCUAAUGCUGCUUUUUAGCAUGGUUCCAGCAACUGUGGUGAAUGCAUAACCAGGACAGCUCAGUCCAUGUUGGUUUGGUUUGGUUUGGCUCAGCUUGGCUCAGUAGUAGGAAAAACCCUUAGCAUAAUAUAGGUAAGAGACAAGCUUGCUAACUCACUUCUUCAAAGCAGAGCAAAGCAAGCAAGCCCCCAGUGCUAAUGUGUAUGUAUUAUUCUAAUGUAAUCUUGCCUUUGACCUUUGGAAGGAUCCCAUACUACACUCUUAGAAAAAGAGCUGGGCUGUCUCCAUAGGAGAACCAAGAACCCUUUUGGGUUAUGUAGAACCCUCUGUGAAAAGUUUCUGCCUGGAACCAAAAAGGUUCUACCUGGAACCAAAAAGGGUUCUUCAAAGGGUUCUCAUGUUACAUUUACAUUUUAGUCGUUUAGCAGACGCUCUAAUACAGCUAGGUGGGACAACCACAUAUCACAGGCAUUUAAAGUACAUUUUCCCUCAAUGCAAGUGCAUUGGUGAGGAGGAUUAUUUAAGAUACUGUUUGAAGAGGUAGGGUUUCAGAUGUUUUCGGAAGAUGGGCAGGGACUCUGCUGUCCUAGCUUCAGGUGGAAGCAGGUUCCACCAUUGGGGUGCCAGGAGAGAGAAAAGCUUGGACUGGGCUGAGCGGGAGCUGCCCUCCCUUAGGGAUGGGAAGACCAAGCGCAAUGUUCCCUCAACUUUUUUUCAUCACUCAGCAAAUUUCUGGUCUGCUGAGCACAGAUUCUGUGCAACUUCUGAUGCGCGUUGACUGUAAACACUGAGGUUGUACCCACUUUAAGUUAGUUUUAGCAGUGGUCAAGUAGGCUACUGUGGCUACUUGAUCAUAAUAUAGGCCUACUAGAGUUGCCUACCAUCAAAAACAAUGGAGAAAAUACAUCCCAUAACAUUUUAACAUGGAAAUAGCUGUUCCAUCGUUCAGCCUACAGUAGCAGCCAACGUGUGGUGUUCAAUGUAGGCCUACGACUUUUGAAAAAAACAUGUAGGGCUUGACAUUAACAUGUUUAUCCACUUGUCCUUCAGACAAGGAGGUGACUGAAAAUGUUGUGUUUGAUGCAAGGAACCACUUUACAAAAUAAAAUGAAUCAUUAUUCCCAUACCAUUAUUACAGAGAAUCAGACAAAUUAUGCUACCCUCUGCCUAUUGGCUACUUAGGUUAUUCAAGCCUGUCUCAAAAUACAACACUGCCCAUUUAAGACAAAAAAAAGCUCUUUACCUGACUUGCUUUCCAAAGAUGUCUAGAAAUGCAAACGUAUUGUGCUCUUGUAGUAAGCAAUCACUCCCCCAUUGCUGACUACAAAUGAUCUACAGUGCAUUCGGAAAAUAUUCAGACCCCUUGACUUUUUCCACAAUUGAUACAAUUGUUUUUUUCCUCCUCAAUCUACACACAAUACCCUAUAAUGAUACAGCAAAAACAUGUUUUUAGAAAUUUUAGCAAAUGUAUUAAAAAUAAAAAGACAGAAGCGACUCUUCAGUAAAAGGCACAUGGCAGCCCGCUUGGAGUUUGCCAAAAGGCACCUAAAGGACUGUCAGACCAUGAGAAACAAGAUUCUCUGGUCUGAUGAAACAAGUAACUCUUUGGCCUGAAUGCCAAGCGUCACGUCUGGAGGAAACCUGGCACCAUCCCUACGGUGAAGCAUGGUGGUGGCAGCAUCAUGCUGUGGGGAUGUUUUUCAGCGGCAGGGACUGUGAGACUAGUCAGGAUCGAGGGAAAGAUGAACGGAGCAAAGUACAGAGAGAUCCUUGAUGAAAACCUGCUCCAGAGAGCUCAGGACCUCAGACUAGGGCGAAGGUUCACCUUCCAACAGGACAACAACCCUAAGCACACAGCCAAGACAAUGCAGGAGUGGCUUCGGGAAAAGUCUCUGAAUGUCCUUGAGUGGCCCAGCCAGAGCACGUACUUGAACCCGAUCGAACGUCUCUGGAGAGACCUGAAAAUGGCUGUGCUGCGACGCUCCCCAUCCAACCUGACAGAGCUUGAGAGGAUCUGCAGAGAAGAAUGGGGGAAACUGCAUAGUUCGUUUUGUUUCGGUAUGUUGCAUUAAAUAUUGAGUGUUGAUUCGAUCACAAUUCCCACAGUAAAGCGAAACGUUGAUAGUGUUAACCAACAGGGAAAACUCUAGAAAGUUGAGUGAAGUUCAAUCUCGUGCUUUUCUGGGCACACUGAUAUUUCUUCUGAGCGGCAGUCCCCGCACAGCUUAGAGGGAACAUUGACCAAGAGAUCUGAGGUGGCAGAUCGGAGUUCUUGGGUUGAGGUGUAGGGUUUGAGCAUAGCCUGAAGUUUGGGAGGGGCAGUUCCUCUUGCUGUUCCAUAGGUAAGCACCAUGGUCUUGUAGUGGAUGCGAGCUUCGACUGGAAGCCAGUGGAGUGUGCGGAGGAGCGGGGUGACAUGAGAGAACUUGGGAAGGUUGACAACCAGGUGGGCUGCAGUAUUCUGGAUAAGUUGGAGGGGUUUGAUGGCACAAGCGGGGAGCCCAGCCAACAGCGAGUUGCAGUAGUCCAGACGGGAGAGGACAAGUGCCUGGAUUAGGACCUGCGCCGCUUGCUGUGUAAGGUAGGGUCGUAGUCAGAUGUUGUAGAGCACAAACAUGCAGGAGCGAGUCACUGCUUUGAUGUUUGCAGAGAACGACACUGGUGCCGAGUGACUUGGUGUAUAGAGAGAAGAGCAGAACGCCUAGAACCGAGCUCUGGGGGACACCAGUAGUGAGAGUACGUGGUGCAGACACAGAUCCUCUCCACGUCACCUGGUAGAAGCGAUCUAUGGGGACAGCCAUAGAACCCUUUUAGGUUCUAUAUACUGUAGCAACCUUUUUCUCUAUGAGUGGAAGCUAGUGACUCACACUUUGAGAGCAGGCCCGUGUGUGAUGUCUAUAUUGUGGGAGAAUGAGUUGGGGAAUGUAGGCCAUUCUUCUCUUGGCACAGACAGAGAUGAGAGUGAUAAAUGAACAGAAACAGAUGGAAUGGAGGUUCUCAUCCUUUUGAUCUCUGGAGAAGGAGGUUGGGGAAACAUGAUGGAGGUGCACGAUACAGACUGUUGCUGCUAUUUCUCUGGCAAAGUUCCCCUCUUUUAUCUGUUAAAGGAGACAGGGUUGAUUGUGGCAUUUGAUUUAUAAAUUGUAUUUCAUAAAUUAUAAGGUAUAUUUUUGGGCAUGUUAUGCUUUAUUCGAUAGAGGAGAGACAGAUAGAGUUUUUGCUGAAAUAGCAGUGGGCCAGAUUUGAACCCAUGUUGCAGCAGUCUAUUUGUUCCUGAGGCAGCGGUUAAGACUGCUAGACCACCGUAGGCCACAAGAUUAGAAGGGUUUUGGAUGUUGGUGUUGUAAUGUAUGGCCUAUAUUUGAGAUUAGUAAAGCUAUGCAUAUUAAUAUGGCAGAAUGUAAGAAGCAAAGCUAAAUGUUUACAAUUAGCCCCCUUCCUUUUCCCUCUCUCUCUUACCCAAUCUCUCCAUCGCUUCUCCCUCUCCUCCGUCCACCAAAUGUAUUUUUCUCCCCCUCUGUUGCUCUCUGCGCUCACCACCAUUUGCUUUUGGAAUCUGUUCCUCUCCUGUCAGCUUAUGUCAAACUCUGUUGACUGUAAAUCUCUGCCACUCCUAUCUCUGACACAUCUCAUCUCCUGAUUUAUCUGUGUUUUCCCUCUCCUCUGUUCUCUCUGUUUCUCUUCCCUCUCUCUCUGUUCAUCCUGCAGCAUUUCCUCUACCCACCUGA